AAUCGAUACAAACAUGGCGACCGAGAAUUCCUUAAUCUCCAUGAUUUGACUUUCGUUUCAAGGUUGUGAACUUUUAACUGGCAGCCAUGUUGAUUUACGUUGAAAGCAAAGCUUUUCCGGUAAGUAGAAUGUAUGAAAUGCUUACUUAGCUCAAGAAGGAGAUAUAUGCGUGGAAAAAAAAUCCAUGUUUUGGUUUGUGGUUUGUUCAGCUGUUUGUACGUUUCUUAGUGACAGGGGAGCGUGCGAAGUGAUCUUUGCUUCCACCUUAAUUUUAAUACAACUAAGUGGUUAACUUAAGCUUACUUUUGGAUCAAUAUCAUAGCCGGUUGCAGAGGUCAGAGUUUUUCUGGCAUGAAAUAGUUCCUGCAAUCUUGCUUGAAACCUGAAAACGUCCUUUGUGUGAAAACAUAUGACAUGAAUUGCAGGAUGCUCGCAAAAGCAUUGUUUGAUGCACAAAAUAUGCGUGGAGAUUUUGUAGUUAUAACCAUGAUAAAACGGAGGAGUAGGCACAUUAUAGAAGAGGGAAAAUAUUGAUUAUGGUGAAGCGUGAAGUAUGUGGCACAUCUCGCAACAAGAGAAUGCUGUUGCACGGGAAGGUACAUGGUCACCUCGCCACCAAACAUCUCUCCACCAACGAAAUCGCCACCAAUAAUAGAACUUAGCUUUAUUGUAUUUAUAAGUCUUUAGCAUACGCAACAAAAUAAUGAAAAAAACUUUCAUGAACAGAACUUUUCUCUUAACCGUUACCUUAUUAUUAUUAUCAUAAAAUUAUUUCAAAGAAGUGACUGGUGAUUAUGAAACUUCUCUAUCUCUCAAAUGUCAAAGUUUACAUUCACUGAACCUAUUACCCAGUAUCUGGAGUAUUAAGAGCAUAAGAAGUUCAAUGCAAGGAACGUCAAUUAGGAUCGACAGAUUUGUAACUGAAUCGACUUCAAAUUAGAAUAAGCUUGAUGAAAAAGUAAAUCUUAGGUAAGUAACCCAAGGCAUUAAACUGUGUCAAUUAUUUCCAAGUUAUUUGUUGGUGGCGAGUCGACUUCUUGGUGGCAAUUUUGUUGGUGGUGAGAUGACCGUAAACCAUUGUUGCGGGAAGAAAGACAUCUCCAGUUUGGCACUAAGAAAAAUUCUACAUUUCCUCAAAGAUUACUUGUAAAGCAUGUGGCCUAUCAUGCAUUUCUUUUUAGGUCUGGUACGUGUACAGUGUAUCUUCCAGGAAAGUUUAAGGGGGAAGAGUGCCUGAAUCAUGAUUAUGAACGAUGGGGCUGUUUCAUGAAUAAUUUUUAGUAUUCAAAUCCCUCUCUUCUUUCCCAAACAUACAAAAAGGCCAACCUUAACCCCUUGCCUACCACAGCCAAAUACAACCAGCAACUGGCGACCUUUUUCAAUGACCAGAGUUCGUUUAUUCAAGCAACUCGAACGACCAGACUUCUGGUGAUUUCAUUUGUCUGAGGACAUACAUAUACGUCCUGGGUCGCUGAUUGACCUCACACAGGAUUUACAGUGUAUAUAUAAAUCCUUGGUAGGCAAGGGAUUAAAUCUCAGGAAAAUAAAAAUUCCUUCCCACCUGCUAAAAGAACAUUCAUACACUAUAAUAAAUUAUUUGUCUCCUCAGAAAAUGUGUCCAGUACAUGUACAUUUACUGUAAUGUCUAAUAACUCUUCAGAAAAUAGUUAUUGCAUUUCUCAUUCAUCCUCGAUCUCAUGACCUCAUUCCAAUUUUCUUUGUUAUGCCUCCUCAGAAAGUCUUGUGAACCAGGGCUGGACUUUAAUAAGUUAUUGGAAUGGCACUUUAAUUAUUAUUUUUUUGAACAGUUCCAAUAAGCCAUUUAUCAGAAUUGUCACUAAGAUUUCAAGUUGCCUGGUAAAUACACUUGUAGCUAGGCGGGAAAUCAAACAGCAAGGGAUUUCUUUUGCUUUCUAUGAAAGUAGCUGGGGGCCACAUUCAUAGUCACCAGUAUUCCCUGGCCCUUGGCUCUUAAUGACACCCCUGCAUUCAUCAGUGAUUCUUUGACUCUCUAUAAGGGAGACAUCUCCUUAAGAAUGGAUUUCCACCUACAGACAGACUUGACUGCACAUACCAGCAAAAGUUUUCAACUAUGUUAUGUUUUUUUUUUUGUGCAGAGUAAGACCUUUACUCUGGUGUGUAACCCACAUGAGACCAUCGCAAGAGCAAGAGCACAGAUGCUGCAUAUUUUGUAUGAGCUGGGAAGAGCUGAGCAUCAGUUUCGCUUCCGAUUCAAGGGAGAAUAUCUCAGAGAUGGUUACACUUUUGAGGUAAUUAACCAGGAAAAAUUAGCAAUUGGAUAAGGCUGAGUAUGAUCAAGGUUGUGAAGAAAGUUAUUUACUCAAGUUUGACAGUUCUUUUUGUAGACUGUCUGAUCCAGAUGCAAAGCAGAUGCCUUUUUUGGCUUUAAAAGUGACACAGCAGUCUUGACUUUUACUUUUCGCUUUCUCUCCUCCCUUCACCUUUCUCUAGAACAGAGCCAUUUUGGUGGGAAAGGUAUCUGCUCUUGAAGGAUAGUCCUUCAGGCACAAGAUUUUAGCUUUUAAUCAUGUUUUUGCUUCUUUCUCCGCCCAAGAAUCAUUUUUACUUUGGUCUCUUCACCAAAAAAAGAAAGUUUUGAUGGGCUGAUGACAUGAUUGUGGUUCUUCUGUAAUAUUUGAAUACCCCCAAAAUCCUCACGUGUUGGUCGGGCAAAUGGAAAUCGAAGAGGGUGAAUGACAGCACCCCAUGAGAUCUUCAUAAUUCUUCAGAUCAUGAAAGCCGAAUCCAUUGUGUCAUUCUCUAGAAUGUUACUUUUACAGUACAUGUGUUGUAUUGAAAGGAACACUGUUUUAUUGACUUGUUUGAGAUUCACAACAGUGAGGUUCUGAGAGACUAGCUAUAGUGUUGUUCUCUUGAAUAUUGUAAAUAAGUUAAUUUUUUCAACAAUAGAAAUCUGAAUGUGGUGAUCAUAUUAAUUACCCAUGUAUAUCAUCCAUUGUUCAACAUUGCAAGUGGCCUUCUCUGUCAAGAAAGAACUGAUUGUUGAGAUCAGAAAUUUUUCUACCAUGGUAACAUGCAUUCACACAACUGACUUCUUCUCUAUAUUAUUCUCUUUGUCCUAAUUUCAGGAUUAUAGGAUUCUGGAUAAUUCUGUUAUCAAAAUGGUUCCAAUGAGUAAGAGAAAAAGAGGGGUAAGCUAUGUUGUAGUAUUUUUGUUAUUUUUUAUGUAUUAGUUUCAGAUUCAUGUUGUGGUUAUUAUGUGAAAUUCUGAAAAAAAUUGUUUCAACCGACAAUAUCUAGUCGGUUUGUAAUUUCCUAACUCUUAUCACGUCAUUCAUAGUUACAAAUGGUUAGGAGAUAAAGGAAAUUGAAAAUGCCAUGGAAAUACGAUUCAUUUGGUGUGUUUAAUCACCUCUUUUGUUACAUAAUAGUGAACUUAAGCAACAGGAUGGGAGAGGAAAGAAGAUGGCAAAUCUUGUGUGACAAGCAUGACAAUAAUUUUGUUUGAAGUAACUUCACUUGCCUUUAAACAGAUAUUUUUUGUAAAAGACCAGAAAACAUUAAUGUUAAGUGAAGAUCAAGACUUGAUCUUCACUACUUAGUAGUAGCCCGGUUAUGUUUGUCAGACACAAGCGUUUUUCCAUCCUUUUCUUCCUGCCUUCCUGUUGCGUAAACUCACCAUGUAUCAUUACAACUUUGCAACUUUCCAAAUAGUUGCCAUGACAACAUAGAAUACAGACAUGACAACAAAGAAUACAGACAUCUGAAUCCUUGGGGUCUGUUUUCCCAUCGUUUUGUUAAACUAAACUCAUCUUUAGAAUUAUUGUGACUGGUGAAAUUGUUUGACGUGAAAUAUCAUCCAUUCUAUCUUUCAGUCCUACAAUACUGUUUAUGGUAAUGAAGCACUUUAUCAAGAUGGAGCUGCUUCAGAUGUACAUGACUUCAGUUCAAGAGCUCAUCUCUUGGGUCAAGAAGAGCUAGAUGAUGUACAAAAGGCUUUGAGGAAGGAAGUUUCUAUUUUUGAACGGAGAGAAUCUUUGCUGGGUUCAUUCAAGGUAUAAAAAUGAAUCUUUUUCUGCCUAUAAAGUGCCUGAGGUAGUGAUGUGGCAAAAUUUUGUGACUUAAAUGUUCCAUUACCUGCAAAUGGUGAUUGCUACCACUGCUUUGUUAUCUUACCUGAUCUAAAUGUCUUUGUUGUGCUAUAUAACAAAUCACUUUAUCAAAACUGUUACAUGUAUGCCUGUCCCUCAUGGAACCAGUCAAUAUGUCUUUCUUAAGUCUAAAAUUACUUUUUGGAUUGCUUAACGUGUUAAAGAAGGCGUAACUGCUUCCCAGAGGAACUACUCAUGUGUUACAUGUUGCUUUGUUACUAGCACUUGACACUGUCACAAAAGAAUGUGUUUACUGUGAUACAUACCACCUUGAGGUGGGCCUUAUUCUACUCCUAAAAGUUUAAACUCUUUAGACAUUGUCAUUGUCAUUGUAAUUACUAUCUGUCUUCACAUUGCUUAAGAGGCUACAGUUAGUUUUGGAAAUCAGUAAAUCCUACAGAUUAGCCUUUUGUGGCUGGUCAUUCACAUGGUACAAAACUAAAACUGGUAAUUUCCUUUUUGGCUUGUCAUGUCCAAGUGCUUUGCUCUCUAACCUGGGAAUUUUGUACCACAUAACUGACUAACUGAAAAUGUCUCUUUUAUGUGUUAGGAGACUGUGAGAUGUUUUUCUUUUACAUUUUUAAGGUUCAUUUUUUAUGUGUUUAUAGGUUUUGUUAUGGAUCCAUUUCUUGGCUACCGUUUUAUCAUUUACUACUAUUUACUGGUUCUCUGCGUUGUGGACAGGUGAAAAAGAUUUGGUCUUUAAUCAAGCUUUUAUUACAAUCUAGAAAGUAUCAAGCUAAUUAUGAAAAAUUGAAUCGUUAGAUAAUGCAAUUCUAGAGCUCUGAUUGGCUUAGCUAUCAUGGUAAUAUGGGCCAUUAUACCCUGCUCUCCAAAUGUAGUAACUGUAUGCGUCUGUUCAAAAUUAAAAACAAGCCAAAAAUCAGUUGGUUUUACAAAUAAAGUCAGGAAGAAUUCUUGAUAUUUUGUGGGCAUUUUUAAUAAAACAAUAAUUCUACUCGCGCUUGUUGCAUAUGAGAUGAUUUUUGCCAACUCAUAUCCAAAUUAUGCCCACUCAUAGUAAUCAUUGUUAUUAUUAUUAUUAUUGUUAUUAUUAUUAUUAUUAUUAUUAUUAUUAUUAUUAUUAUUAUUAUUAUUAUUACUAUUGUUAAAUAACAAAGUGAGGGGAGGGAUACUCUGUCUCCCCACCCUGAAGUAGCCUGAAGUAGCCUGAAGUAGCUUGUGCACCACAGCUCAGGCAAAUUCUGCUGUUUGGGCACCACCUAGUAAACUCCUGCAAUGCAGGCUUACAAGUGUUUAGAACUUCACCCAUUAGGGUGCAAAGAAAGUUAGUUUUACAGCUUGCCAUUCUGGCAAACUCUAGCACAAACUGUAGCUAGCAUGAAGCUCAAAUGUCAUUUCAACUACAUGUAGCUUGAGAAACAUAUUUGAUGAGCAGGAUUGACCACAAGUUCUUCUGUAAUUUGGGUUCCCAAAGAAACUUCACUUGCCCAUCGGCCAAGUUAAGAACAGAAAUCACCAGCUGAGCCUGAGGAAAAAGAUUAAGGAAAAAGUUUAAGUGUAUGUAAGACAAAUGACUGCCUAGGGGCUUAUUUAAAUUUUAAGCCAGACACUGGGCACUUUAUGGUAAAUAUUUAAGUAAUUUAGUGAUUGUCCACUAUGGGCUAAAUCUUUUUUGUGUGCAAGAAGUCCCCCCCCCCUUCCCCCCGAUUAUUUUUUGUAUCCUCAAGGACUUGUUUAAGAAAAUAAAAGGGAGGAAUGGAAGUGUUUAUUAUUUGUCCAUCUGGGCUGGGUUGUUCAAAGCUGGGUUAAGAUAACCCAGGGCUAGUGUGAAAUUUGAAUUCAGAUAUAAAGGUUUAAAAAGCUAAUUACAUUUAAUUCAUUUUGUCAACAAUUUGAUUAUUGGACACUAUUAAAAAAAUGCAGAAAAUUAUCCUACAAAAUGCUUUUGAACAAAAGAAAAAACUAAUCCGGAUUAAAAUCUCACCCCUUCAAACAACUGGGCACUGGGACUUGGGGGCUUAUUAGAGCAUGGGAACUUAAUUAUUCAGGGAAAUAAUGGUACAUUUAAGUUUAAGAUGGGAUGUAAUCUCAGCUGUUUUUUUAAACUGUGUAUUGGUUUGCUAAAAUUUGUGCAGGAGCUCUGAUGUUAUUUGGUUUCUUGUACUGUCCCAACUAUACCAGACUUGGAGGAUUUGUGGGAAAAUAUGGAAUGAAGUAAGUUCAUUGUCAUUAUUUCACUUCCUCUGCUUUUUAUUUUUAGAAUGUCACAGUACAUACAGUACAGCUGUAACAAUCAUGUCCUGGGGGGGGGAAGUCACUGUCAUAUAUGGGCUAUAUAGCUAUGUGCCGCUGUGAAGGGUAUGGUUUUCAAGCAGUUUACUCUAGGAUAGGGUAUAUAAAUAAGAGCGUUUGGGUCUAGAAUAGGGUAUCAUUUUUCAGGAAACUGAUCAGUUGUUUGAAGAUUUUAUCUAGACUAGGGAUUGUGGUAUAAGGUAUUGUUUUGGCUAGACUUUGCUAGUGACCUCAAUAGUUUCUGGAAAACAGCUACUCUAGGAUAGGGGGGAUUUGGGGAGUUUACUCUAGUCUAGGGUAGCAAAAUAAUUUAUUCAGCUGAACUAGCUCUGGUAUAGGUUAAGGGUUCCAGGGUCCCAGUGGUACAUUCCCACCCGGAAAUUCCUAAAGUAACCCCCCCCAGGAAUCAUGUAGGGGUACAUAAGGUCAUAGCCAUGUGCUCAAUAGACUAGGCAAGUAUUAUGGUAGGCAUCCUUAAGCAUCUGUCCUUGUAUUUGGUUUGUGUUGCAGUAAAAACACCUUUGUGAUUGCAUUUUCUGUUGGAGCCAUUAUGAAUGUCACUGCUUCACUGCUGAUGGGAAUUUAUGUUUUACUGGAAUUACUGGUGAGUACAGGAUGUAGCAUAAAGCCACACUUUCUUUAGCAAAUUACAAGUUAAACAUUAAACCAAAACAUUAAAACACUGAGCCUUUUUUCUACCUCUAAGAAAGAUAUAGUAUAUGAUCGUAACAUUUUACUGGCCCAAACCAAAUGACUAUUGAUCCAAGACUUGGGGACUUAUACUUGAGUUAAUUGUUUCUGGACCUGAAGUAAAGAAUGGAUUAGCUAAUCAACUUCUUUUACAGGCUUAUGAGUGUGACACCGAAGAACAAACCUGCUUACGACAGAAGGAGCUGAUGUACUGGUCAAGUAAGUUGGUCUACUUCAAUAGAAUACGACCACAAAAUGUCGCUUAUACAUUUUUGUAACGUGUUUUAGGAGGGCUUUUAACAGAGGGGCUUACAUGUGUAUAUCCAAAGGGGUAGAUAACCAGAAUAGAAAAAGCACUUUGAAAGAAGCUUUGCAUCACUAAUCAAAACACCCCUCUCACACACAACUGGGAGCCGUGCCAAGCCGACAAUGCCGCUUGACCUUUAUUAUAUCAACAGACAAAUCAUUAGCGUCACAGCACAAAGAGAGCUCGCUAUUAACAAAACGACUGAAACUGAACCUAGAUACAAGUCUAACAUACAAGAAAAACCAGAUUUAAGGCACUACUUGAAAUCCCACAACAACCCCAAAAAAAUCAAGGGUGGGCGGGUGGGGCAUGUCAGGGAAUGGGGGGAAGACAUGAAACAAAUACAACUGAAAUUUGAAAUGCCAUGUGACCUGAACCCCCUACCCCUGUCACCUGGUAUCUAAUUUUCAUUUGUAAAUCACUCUAGGUUGUCCACUUCAGUUUUAAAAAAAAUUAUGCCUAGCAAAAGACCCAAAGAGAAUGUAGUUGCAAUUUAUUGUAUUUCUUAUUUGCAGUUGUCUUGUAUUGUGGACAAACUGUUUGUUUGGUUAUCAGUGUGUUGAUUUGUGCCAUUCUUUACCACAACUUCAAGACAGAGGUUAGAGUUGUGAAUGUGUUGUAUUUCAUCUGUUCAAGUUUAAGUUCUCGCACACUGAAUGCCAUAUGUCUGCCACACAACAAUACAACAGUACUUCAAUCAUUUCAUUUUAUUUUCACUUAUUCAAAAGAACAUAAAUACAAUAGUAAUAGGAACAAAAGGAAAAGAAAAUCAGAGCUAGUUUUAUUAUAUGUGUUACUGUGGAAAAGUCAUAGUGGCUAAAGAAGCAAAGCUUUUGAGUCUGCCACUACCACAGCUUGCAGUUUCUAAUGGGAGAUGGUUUCACUUGCAGUUAUUUUGUUAUCUCUGUGUCUUGCCUCCCUAAUGUGCCCAAAAACACCAGGGUGCCCCAGAGACCCUAAAUAAAAAUUCAUGGCAAAAAUCCUUGAUGAACAGGAUUGAUUACAAACAUAUCACUUGCCUGUCAGGCAAGUUAAAAACAGAAUUCACUAGCCCUAUAGCAAAAUCCACUAGCCCCAGGCUAUCGGACACUACUUUCUUUGCACGCUGGACACAAAAUAAUAAUUCAUGGCAUGCAUCCUGUAGGAAGGACACAAAGAUCGAACGAUCGAUCUGAACAUUUUGUAGAAAUAUCCCGUUUGUUCAAUUUCUGUGGCAGUUAUUAUGGCUGUUGUUGAACGAUGCAUACAUGUAUUUCUUUUAGCCUUAGCUUUGCUUCAAAAUAGAAGGACUAUAUUUUAAUUUCAGUGUACUGUAAUACAGAGUUUGGAGUCUGUCUUUAGAUUAACUGUCUGGUUACAUAAAGGUCCAAGCAUUAACAAUUUCAGACUAACUUUUUUUUUUUUAAACUGGAACUCCACUGGUUCUGAACUAGGACUCAUAAAUUUUCACAAGAUGAGUCCCAGGACUUGACAUAACUAUUUUUUGUAACAAAAUCACCUGUUUGCAAAAUUAGUUACAGAGCUCAUCAUACAAUUUACUAAUCUAUUUAUCAAAGGUGGAGAGGAUACAAAGAUAUUAAUUAAUUGAGCUGUAAUUAACAAAGCUAGGUGAUAGAUGGAUGGUAUUCACUGACUGUCAAGUAGUGAGAGUUUAUUAUGUCGGGUGAACUGUUUUGAACUGGGCAUUCUUAGAAGCAAUGUUAAUGGAGGUGUACUUUUUCUGUGUGGCCUACCAACAGGUUGGUGACUUGAUUGAGACGUACCUGGUCCAGAUCAGAGACAUUGACAAAGUGAUGAAAAGUGCCAAAACUGGAAGUGUAAAGGAAAGAAGAAAUGCUGCAUUUGAAUUGGCCAGCUUAGCUGCCACAGGAGAUGAUACAAAGUUUAGAAUUGUACAGGAAGGAGGGUAGGCUAGCUGGUAACAUUUUUAUUUAAAUUGUGAAAGCAAGUGUCUAAACUCAUUGCACACAAAGUGCAUAGAUUGCACAUGGUCUUAGUGGAGUGCAAACUUGGUUAGCCCGUGUAUAAAUAUUUGACUAACAAUUAUUGAAUGAGGCUGAGUAUCAUCUGAAGAAUUAUGGAGAUUGAGGAGGGUGUUUUCCUCCGAGACCAUAGGCCAUAGGCCUCAGCAGAUAACACCCUUUGGCUACCCUUCCGUAAUAAUAGAAACCCCAUUUAAAUUCCAUAUCCCUUUUAAAGCCAAGGCACUGGGUCCUAAUUUACUCCAACCAAAUGGAGAUUGAGUAUGUCUCAACUUCCAUUAUUAGAACUGUGUUGAGACCCACCCUCCCUGGUUACACAAUUUACUCUAUUUUGCCCCCACCCUCCCAUCCCUAACAUUUUGUGUUCUUCCUUCCCUGAGCUUCACGAGGUUCUGCAAUACAUAUAUUUCUAGUUUCAGUUGUACUUCACCCAUAAAGCCUAUGACGAACCUAUGAUGCUAAAAUAUCUCAUCUUUAGACAAGUGUAGUCAAACCCUGUUAAUACAGACAGCAAGGGGGCCAUAGAAAGUGUCCGUGUUUAUGGGGUGUCUGUAUUAAGUGGUUGGAUUAAGAGAAAAUGAAAGGGCUUUCUUUCCCCAGCGAAAAAGCAAGCUGUCCAAAAUGAUGAGGUGUCCGUAUUAAGGGGUGUCCAUAAAGUGUGGUUUCUCCCAAGAAGCUCAUCACAUCUUGCUUACCUGUGGUCACUUCUUGUGUGUCAUAAAUAAUAAUUUUGUUAGAGCUUGUCUUGGGAUAGUAAGCUUUAAAAGUUACUUGCCCAGCACGAAAAUCUACUUUUCUUAGAUUACUGGAGGGUUUUUUUUUUCAAGGGCCUAAAUAUGUGUUCAAUGGCUGCAUACUUAGCAUGAAACUGUUACAUAAUUGCAGUUGUUUUGGAGAACUGCGAUAGAAAGCUCUGGAACCAUAGUAGCAAAUUAUGUGUAUGGUUUUUAGCCUUUCUAUCCCAGUUCCUCAAACAUUAAAUUUGCAUUAUUAAUAUACUAUUAAUUACUAAAAUAGUGAUAAUAAUUAUUAUUAUUUUCCCUAGUUUUAAUUUUAUUUUCCUUUGUUUUUGGGUAUGUUAAUAAUGAUAAUGAGUUUUAAACACAGGAAAAUAAAAUUUAAACCAAGUGUAAAGUAAUAAUUAUUAAUUAAUAUCAGUAACAGUUACAAGAAUGAUUAUUUAGUUAGUAUUUAUAAUUCAUAAUGCAUAAUAAUUUAUUUAUGCACAAUGUAUAGCAUUUCUUUGGACUGAUUAAUCUUCUGUGCUCAACUUCCAUGUAUAUUAAUUAGACUGUGGUACAAAAAGGGGCAAACAGGGACAAUUUGUGAUCAAGGACAUGGUAUUUUAAUAUUUGUAAACAUAUGAAGUCAAUAUACCAUCAUAUUGAGACCUUAAGAGUAAUUCUUAUCCAGAAGGUCGUUUAAAAUAAUUAUGAUGGCACACUGAAUGCUCUUAACCACUGAUCACUUAGAUCUCAAAAAAUAAUCUUACAAAAAAGAAGGUUCCUGGUAAUGAAUAUUCUAAAAAUGUGGAACUGCCGUUGUAAAAUAGUUUAAUUUUAUCCUGUACUCAUAGUUACAAAGUAGUAAAGACAUUUCCUUUCUCUUCCUCUAUCUAGAAUUGAAGCUUUGAUGAAUUUAUGUUUGUCACAAGACCAGGUACUGGUUAUAUCAGAUUGUUCAUUUUCUUUGUUCUUUAAACAAGUUAAUUUUGAAAUGACUAUUCUUCCAGACACCUAUUCAGUUGUCCUGCAGGUUAAUAUUAAUUUUCUGAUGAAGGUGGAGUACGAUCGUCUGGGUGAGUGUGGUCCUGAAUAGGACUGUUGUUUAAGGUCACUGAUCUUUCAAAUAUCUGUGCAGUAGUCAUCUUCAGAGUUAAAGUUUGGCCACCUCUCUCUAGGUUGUUGCAACCUGUCACUAUCAGAAACAGUGCUAUUCAAGGUCUACACUCACAUAUAGGCAAUCAUAUUCCAGUUUUAUUAUAUAAACACCAAUGAAAUACCAGGUGAGUUUUCAUACUUGAUAUUUCUGGUCAACAUGUUACCUUCAAAUAAAAUCUCACUGUUGCUAUGUCAUCUUUUCACACCAAAAAACUAAAAGUGAAAUGGUUUGGUAGUUCAUUGGUGUUUAAAUUAAAAGAACAUUACAGGGCUAUCAGAAACAGUGCUAUUUGAAAAAAUAUUUCACUACACUCGUUUAUUCGCGAAAUACUUUUCAACACAAUCAUAGAAAUUUCAUAUUCCACUAAUAUCCUUUUCUGCCUUUCCCUUAAAAUAAUCAUUCUUCCUUUUCGUUAUUUUCUCAUUAUUUUUCAAAUUAGAUAAGUCCAUAUAAUAAAAAAAUAUUUCUUGCAAUGAGCCAACGAUUAAAAAUCUGAAAUCAAGCCCCUUCAUAUAAAAUUUUAACCCCAGGGUUUGAUUUUUGAAACUGCCAGGGUACUCUCUCGAGUCUAUGGUUCAGUCAUGACUAGAACUCUCCUUCCAGUUAUCAGAUGCUCAGUGGUUCAAAUGCGGAAUUGCCGCUUUUCUUUUUCUAGUAGUCUUUACCUCUUAUGGUUUUUUUGUAUUUGUCAUAUCAUUAAAAUACAUUUGACACUGCCCUCUAUUUAGAGGUCACUAAGAACUGCCAAUUUUUAACCAAAACCAUGGACUAACCCCUUUGGAAAAGUCCCAAAUUUUCGACUUUUUUAAUUUCUUGUUUUUGUAGUCUCGAAAGGCUUUAUUUCUUUCUAGAAUAUUCUCAAACACAUUUUCCUGGCCUAUUUUGCCUAGAAUAAAAAGAUGGAAAAAUUGCCAAUUUUUUAAUAAAACCAUGGACUAACCCCUUUGGAAAAAUCCAACUUUUUCCACUUUUUUAAUUUCUUGUUUUUAUAGUUGCUAGUCGGGAAAGACCUUUUUUUCUUUCUAGAAUAUUCUCAAACACAUUUUCCUGAUGUAUUUUGCCUCGCAUAAAAAAAAGGAAAAAUAGCCAAUUUUUGACCAAAACCAUGGACUAACCCGUUACAGAGUUUCAGUGGACAAAAUUGUCAUUAGGCCUCUGUAAACAGAACUUUUUUUAAGUGGUCAACUUGUUUAAUGACCAUCUGUUCCUUCCCAAACACUAGCCGCUUUAUGGAUAGAGGUUUGACUAUAGUCCAGUUUGGAUUUGAGGUUGUUGUUGUUGUUUUUUUCUUUUCCAAAUGGGGAUUUUAAAAAGAGCAUCAUCGAAAUGAUUUUCUUUUCUUCUGUCAGGCUACUCAAGAAUAUGCCAUCGAGGCCAUAUCAGAGCUGUUAACUGUCCCUGUUAUUCAGGUUGGUAUUUAUGUACUUAAUUCGAACUGAAAACUUACUCUGUUGUUCUAGGACUGCUUUGAUUAUACUGUAUAGGAAUAGCAGCCAAUGUUUAAUCUUUAAAAUGUAGGAUUACAUGUCAAUGCUCCCAGCUUUGCUUGCACUCAUACAGGCAAUGGGGAGUUGCCUUUUUAAGUAAUUUUUUUAUUGUGGCAAUACCCUUCUCCCCCUUUGGGGACUCCAUAUAAUGCCUUGUACGGGAAGGGUCCGCUUAAAGACGGUAUCUUUUUCAGGCUUCAGCGAUAUAAAAGGGUAACGAUUUCAAGAGUUGAAGCAGGAGAACAUAACCCAGAGCGAGCAACUCCCAUACUAGGCCUAUGUCACAGCGUUUUCACGAACUGGUUUAUUUUUAGAUACAUUUGCAAACACUUUUAAUUUCCCGCGAAAAUGGAAACACCGCUCCUUUCAUGAGCGCAUUAUAAAUUAAAGAUGUGACAAAAGAAAGCUAAACAUCAUUAAAAGGUCAAAAUGCCACUUUCAGGGGUUUUGGUUUGCUGAGUGGUUUGUGGGACAGAUACCUUAUUCUAAAUUCGCGCCACAAUCGUUGUGAAAAUAAACUGCUCGCUCCGAGUUAUGGGCUCCUGGUAUAUAAAGGGGCAGAAAAAUCUUUCAUUUAGGUACUUGAAUAGGACCUUUAAUUGAAUUAUCUCUGAUGCAGACGUAACUUUAUAUUCUACAUAUAAUGAAAUGAAGACUUACUGUUUCUAGGUAUCUGAAAGCGGCACUAUUUUUCAUAGAACUUAUAUGCGUGGGGUACCUACGUAGUCAGAAGUGGUCUAUAAGAGGACAUCACGGCGGAGACUUCCCGUAUAAAAUGUUGUUGAUUAACCCUCCAGGCAAUGGCCACUUCUUAAACCAUUGUCUAUCUCAUCUGGUGACUGCACUGUAAUGCCAAGAAAGUAGUAGUACCCUUCAGAUCAUCAGUGCAAUCCUUAUAAUACUACGAUAUUUGAUAUUUACAGGUCAUCAUUGUGACAUGUUGUGUUGUAUGUGUUUAUUAUCAGGACCAGUUUGUAGAGUUAGGUGGGGUUCGUACUAUGUGUGCGCUGCUACACUCCAAGGAGAAUCGUGUGGUCAAUGAAGCUGUUACAGCUCUAUCUUACAUUGUGUCUGACAGUGAAGAAAACAGAGAAGUGGUCAUUGCUGAAAAUGGGUAAAAACUUGCACUUUUUAUUCUUCUUUUUCAUGCAUUGAUAUCAUGAACUAAAUAAUAAAAGUUAGCGACUUGAUUUGGUAAGUGACUUGUGAACAUAACAUACAUACGCAGGUGCCAGGAAAGUCAGUUGCUUGCAAUUAGGGCAAGCUGUACUGAGCUAGCAUGAACUAGCCCAAGAGUAAUUUUUAAUAGCUACAAUCGUGGACAAAAGUCUUGGGACACUUUUGUAUUUCUGGGGCGUUUUUCAAUUCACACAGGUCCAGCCCCUUCCCUCACCCCACAAACAAUGUUGGAGGCGUGUAUCCAGAGUUUUUUCCGAGUUUCAACUUUGUAUAGGGUGGGGGAAGGGAGAACUACAAGAAAAUUUCGAAGAGGAUGCACUGUUUUAAGAGGGAACCAAGAAAUGACAGAAAAACAUGAAUAUUGCAGUACUGUCCCAAGGAAAUUUGUCCAGGAUUGUAGCUCUAAAAAUGUUGUGAUGAACAGUCUCGAUUACAGUUCUUCUGUGAUUUGAAUUCCCCAAAAAACAUUACUUGGACGUUAACAAGUUAAAAGAGAAUUCACCAGCCUGAUAGCAACUAGUCACAGGCUAUCGGACAUGACUUUCUUUACAUACUGGCGUAAAAAUAGAUCUCCUUAGUUCGUAUGUUUUGUUUUCCCAGUUUAGGUCAUGUGAUAUUCUCAAGGGAAUUCCCCCUUCGUCCUAUGUCUGCCUAUAACAUUCAAAUAACUAAAUAAAUGAACUGCAUUGGUGUGCCAUAUCCGUCAAUAAACCAUGAGCAUAAGUGAUAUUUCAUUGUAAAAACUUUUUUAUUGACUUGCAGACUGGAUGACCUCUGUUAUGUAGCGGAACGAGGUAAGAUAUAAUAUUGUUAUCAAUGAAAUCAGCUACAGCAGAAUGUACAAACAAUCGGAUUGAUCAAGUUAUCUUUUUCCUUUUCCAGUGCAAAUUCCGGCUUCUCGUAUUGUUGCUGCAAUUUUCCUUGAACUUGCAUUCACUGCGGAGAUAAGAGUUAUGCUGUCGCGGCAAAGUGCUCCAGGUAAAAGAGGCCAUUACUUUUGCGAGACUAGUCUACAGUCAGAGUACAGUUGCUUUGAACCCAGUAGCUCAUGGCAGUUACAUCUCAAUAGGACGUUUUCCAGUAAUUACGUCUUCCCUGCGUUUUACUAACAGUGAAAGCAAAUCCGGUAUUCACUCCUGCCGCUUGCUUAAAGUUGAAAUUUGGCGAGUUACGGUGACGUACUCUCCCCAGGUCCUCGGAGUUAGAGGUAGCUGCAGCGAUUGGCUUAAUGGCCCUAAUAUGAACAUGACUCUGGUUGUGUGUAGUCCUUUAUAGGGUUUUCAGUGACCUAAGUCAUUCCCAGGUACUUUCUCUCUGUAUGUAAAUUUUGGCUCAAAGGACGUUGGGACGGCCCGCCUUUCUUCCGAUUCCUCGCGCUUUGCUUGUUUCCAGUCAUUCUGUCUUGUCUUGCGCGAUCUCUCAGUGCGCCUGUGUACAUGUAAGCCACUGGUUGGUGACACUCACUGAACAAGGAAGCAAAAAAAACACCACGCUCUGUCCAAUGGCACAUCCCCGUAUGCAUAACCAUGUAAUUGUAAGGAAGUGUCCUCCAUCCCCAAGGGCUGUGUUCUUUCUCUAAAACUCUUUGCUUUAUCUUCAGCCACGUCACUUGUACAUUUGUGCAGACUUCGAGAUCCAGAAACACAGCGACUGUCACUUCAAACACUGGAGCUGUUGGCGAUCGAGAAUUCAGAUGUCAUCAUACAGCAUGUGUGUUGUUAUGUUUGUUUAUGUUUGUUUGCAUUAUGUAUUUAUUAGAGCUUUACAUCUGAGGACGAGAACAAGCUUGUACGGGUACGAGAUUUAAGUUAAACUUUUCGCGAGUGUUCCGAAAAAAAAACACCCCCCAAAAGCUUCAUUUUACUUUUUUUUCACAAAAGAAGUUAGCACGGUUAUUUAUACUGAAGGAGGCUAAGCCCUCUCCUGAUGGCAAAAUGAUAAAACUUCAUACAUUUGAUAACUUGUUCCCGCCACCAACAAACGACAUUCGCGCCAGAACUCGUAGUGGAAUGACGGCUGCUAUCACGCUUUCCCGCCAAAAUGACGCUCGUUCACAUGCGAGCAAUACUCAGUAUUGAGAAAAUUUCGUACUCGUAGUCGUCCUCGACUCAGAAUCUUAAAACUCUCAAUUCACUGUAAAGGUCAAACACCAGGAUUGUUGCAUGGUUUUGUGUAUAUAUCUUCAGUCUCUCUCUCUCUGCCUCUGCGUUUUUACAUGUGGGAUGGUUGUUGCUCAGGUGUUGCGUGGGUGUAUUCGUACUUGCUUAUGGCUGUUGGGUGGGUGUGUACGUGUGUGUGCGUGCGUGUUUGAGGGGAACGUUGUUUAGUGAAGAUGACACAAUAAUUUUGCAUGUUUUCACAGGAAUCCCUUCUUGAGUUGCUGUUGACUCUUCCUAAACUGACUGAUGAUGAACAGUUGUUCCUGCUGGCAGGGAAAAUUAUCUUAUAUUAUGCUGAAAAUGAACAGGUUGGUAAAAGAUUAAAAUCUGUUUGGGAAGGUGGAUGAGGACGCUCUAAAGUUAGUGAAGAACGACGUGAUGGAAAGUUGCCAUCAAACAAAUUAGGCGACAAGUCUGAGAGCAAGAGACUGGGAUAUGCGGUGUCAUCUAACAUCACCGCUCGUUUGCCAUUUCUCGUCGUCGUCAUCUUUUAGCUGAUUUAGGGACAUCUAAAAAUCACCGCUCGUUUGCCAAUUAACCCUAAGAAAUAUUCAUCGUCGUCGUCAUAACUUUCCUGCAGCGAAAAUGAUUUGUCCCUUAGCAACAGAACAGGAACGUCAGCUGACGACGGCGCGCGCAAAUCGAGCAACUGGCUUGACCAAUGGCAGAGCCCAAAUUGGGCACCGGAAGUAGCGUUUAGUCCUUUCCGCGCGCUUUCCCGUCGUCAACUGACGUUCCCGGUCUGUUGUUAAAUCAGCCUCCAAGUUUCAGUAAUGAGCUUUUUGGUACCAAAUUUAUAUCCUAGGUAUCAAGUUAAGCGUAAACUUUAUGUGAGAUCACCCGUCACAAGCAACCCCUAUCCAAAGUACCAUGGUUUCAUAGUUUCAUAGUUGAAACCUUUUUAAGACGACGUUGUAUUAUUGACACGAGCUGUAUACUAAGAGUUCCUCUACGUUAAGAGACAACGGUGCUCUCGAAAAAGGGAGCAUAGUGUACACAGCGAACAUAGAGAUAAGAGAAUGCGUCAAGUGGUCGCUUACAACAAUUUAAAAACAAUGGAAAAUCAUUUAACUUUCAGGCCCAAAAAGUGGUCGCGGUCGGUUAGGGGAGGUGGUCGUUUACUAGAAGUUCUAACUAUAAGGCUUUGACUGGGAAAAUUUUGGUGUUUUGGAUGAGUGGUCGCUUAUGUGAGGUGGUCGCACAUGGAGUUUUGACUGUAUUUCAAAUGAAAUGUAAUAAAAUCGUCCCUCCCCACAAACGCCUACUCAACAGAGGACAACAUUCCUUUCCCACGCUUAGCCAAUCACGUUGUACUUUCCAAAUUCUGGAAAGUUGACCUUGACCGCAGGGUUACCCGAUAAUCACGCGAUCUGCAUGAAACUUUAAGAAACCUUCAUGACCUCUGAUAAAUGUUAGUCUCAGAGCGGCAAAAGUAAGAUUUACUCAGUCAGAUUUUAGAAUUCUCCGUGCACUGCACAACCUUAGCGAACGAAAGAAAAGAAGGAAAAAGGUAACUCUAGGGUCACGUUCUGGGUCACGUUUUUUCACUAUCACGAGCUUAUGAGUCAUGUUUAGCCUGUCAACACUUUAUUUAAAAACCGUUGAUUGGUCACUUACCACGCGAAUGCAACAAUGGGAAGGGAAUGUUGUCCUCUGUUGAGCAGGCGUUUGUGGGGAGGGACGAAAUACGAGCUCCCCUAAAAACGCCUGCGUGGGAGGCUAUAAUACAAGCGGUAAGGAAACUACCUUAAUGAACUCUAUAUUUUUUGUUUUAGGCUUGUCAGAAGUUGGUCGAGUCUGAGGAAUUGAAGCCUUGUUUGAUAGAGUUUUCUUACAGCUUUGAUCCGUUGCUGCAGAAUGUAGUGGCGAAGAUUGUUUUGGCGAUGAUUGAGUCUCAUGAAAACAAGUAAGUGAAUGAAUUAAACAUAGCUGGUUUGAGUCGAGCGUUGAACGCUUAAAUCCAAAAUUAAGGGUGUCUAAAGAGGUUAUGUUGUUGCCAUAGUAACUUAUACAUUAUGGAGAAUAAACGUGAAAUUCAAAUACUUCAGAAGCCGUAGCCUAGUUUCAACAGUCGAUUUGUUUAACAAUAACGUUAAACUUUUUCCAGAACGCGCUAUCAUAUCACCUGAUAUAGCUAUUGACCAAUGAGCAAAUUUCCGCAGUUAUUGUCAGUAGUGGUAAUUGCGAGCGAUAAGAGGAGCCCGCGAUCCUAAUCUUCAGGUUGCUAUUACGCAUGCUCCGCACGUAUGUAGCCAGUUUGAGCUAUGGAUGGAAUCACGUAAAACUUCAAGCUUCACGUGAAAGAUGAUCGAAACGCGAAGAUUUAGGUUAUUAUUUUAUGAUUAUUUUUGUUCUUUACUCUCAGGGAUGAAAUCGUCGAGCUUGGCCUGGAUGAGGUGUUGAUACAAAUCAAGAACGAAUCAUCGGACAGAGAUGCGUGGCGCAUGGCAGAUCACGGCCUCAUGAAAUUACAUAACGUUAAACCUGUGGGAAAACAAUCUUCCCUAUCAAGUAACAAGUCCAAAACUAGCUCCGGCGGAUUGGUCGCAAGUUUACCUGUCAAGAAAGCUCUUUGAGAGCUUUGUUUGCUUGGAGUGGCGUUAUCUCGUCUCAAUUUCCCCUCGAGACUGUCGUUGUACAGAACUAUAUUUUUGGUGUUUGACUCCCACGUCAAUACAAUACAGUUUCUCGUACUGUUCCCGCAGGUGUUUUGUCGUACCCUUCAAAUCAAAGUAUAAAAACAAAUUGUCAUUUUUCGGCCAUGACCACUUCGACUAGAGCUCAGUUUUCCCGCGUUUUCAAGGUACACGACCUGAUCACGUACGUGUGAGUUGUUGCCACUAGCAGAUAAGGAAGUUUUGGGGUUUUGACACAUGGCACGUGACAGUUUUCUUUCAGUCGCCAAACGGGCUUGAUCUUCUAGUAUUCUUCUGAUGCGCAAUCAUUUUCCACAACUGUAAAUAUUUUGUACUAUCAUCAUGUAUAUGAUACUUAAUAUCUUAUUUUUUUUAAGAAAGGAAAGCGUAGCUUCAUUUGAUUACCUUGAUUUGUUUACAGUGUUUGAUUUUAAGAAAAUUUCACACAAAUUACUCCUAAAACAGUCAAGAAUAAGGUUAUUCUAAAUAAACUGUUUAAAUCCGUGAACCAAAAAAGGAAACAUUAGCAACUAUUAGGUUUUAUUUUUGUAAAAAAGAACAGUCAGAACAGUUUAGUUAUUUAUCUUUUAUCUCUCAGUAUUAUUUAUUUAUCUCCUCAACAUUUUGCCGGCUCUGACUGUUACCGGACUGUAAGUUUAGUUACAACUGGGUUGUCUUAUAGAGUUGUCGAAUACUUGACACAUCGCCUUAUAGUAUAAAGACUCACUAUACAGUAAUGUAUUUUUCUACAUUGCAAUGACC